AUGGGAGAUAUACCGUGGGAUUCGCAUGAGAAAUAUCAAUAUUUUUUCACUAAGUUGAACAGGAAAUCCAAAUCCGCUUCAAGAUUCGAGCGCACGCGCACAGUGGGGAAGAGACGUGGCACCUGGCACGGUCAAGAUAAAGGCAAAUCAAUAAUUCACAAGGGAACUGGAGUGGCGUUAGGGUAUAAGCGGUGCUUCCUUUACCGGAACAAAGAGGAACCGGAGCAAGAUCGGAAAUGGCUUCUCAAAGAGUUUUAUCUCAAUGAUGCAGCGAUCAUGAAAGCUACGGAGAAGUAUCCUGUUUUGGAACAUACAAAGGAUUUUGUGGUUUGCAGGCUCCAAAGAAAAAAGAGUGCAGAUGAUAAACCUCAAGAAAUCAAGGAUGUUCCUAUUGAGAAGAUAUGGCAAAUCUUGAUGGGGAUUCCGUUAGAUGAUUCCACGGCCACGGAGACAUUACCGCCUCCACCGCCUACGGAGGAGAUUUUGGCACAACCGGCCGGUGUAGUGCAACAAUCUAUGCAAGGGGAGAAUAAUAAUGGCGGCUGUGAUGAUAAUAAUGAUGAUGAUGAUGAUAUGGGUAUUCUGAAUGAGGAUCCCGAACUAGUUGCUAUCCAACAACGUUUGUUGGAGGAACUGUUCAUAGUUUGA